CUGGCUCGGGAGAUGGUAGGCCGCCGUGUUUUGAGCCGGGUCUGGAGUGGCGGGCGGCGGGGCCUGGGUGUCCGCCCAGUGCCCGAGGACGCAGGCUUUGGCACCGAACCCCGGUGAUUAAGUACCCCCUCCCUCAUGCGGGACGGAGGCUAGGGCAGGGGGAAGGCAUGUGCGGGAUCUGGAUCAGGCAUCAGAGGCAACCCCGCGGCUCCCGCCAACGGUCGGGGCCCCUCGGGGACCAGCCCUUCCCGGGGCUGCUGCCAGAAAACCUCAGUCGGGAGGAGUUGGUUGAUGCACUGCGGGCAGCCGUGGUGGACCGGAAAGGACCUCUAGUGACGUUGAACAAGCCACAGGGUCUACCAGUGACAGGAAAACCAGGAGAGCUGACGUUGUUCUCAGUGCUGCCAGAGCUGAGCCAGUCCCUGGGGCUCCGGGAGCAGGAGCUUCAGGUUGUCCGAGCAUCUGGGAAGGAAAGCUCUGGGCUUGUACUCCUCUCCAGCUGUCCCCAGACGGCUAGUCGCCUCCAGAAGUUCUUCACCCAUGCACGGAGAGCCCAGAGGCCCACAGCCACCUACUGUGCUGUCACUAAUGGGAUCCCAGCUGCUUCUGAGGGGAAGAUCCAGGCUGCCCUGAAAGUGGAACACAUUGAUGGGGUCAAUCUUACAGUUCCAGUGAAAGCCCCAUCCCGAAAGGACAUCCUGGAAGGUGUCAAGAAGACUCUCAGUCACUUUCGUGUGGUAGCCACAGGCUCUGGCUGUGCCCUGGUCCAGCUGCAGCCACUGACAGUGUUCUCCAGUCAACUACAGGUGCACAUGGUACUACAGCUCUGCCCUGUGCUUGGGGACCACACGUACUCUGCCCGUGUGGGCACUGUCCUGGGCCAGCGAUUUCUGCUGCCAGCUGAGAACACCAAGCCCCAAAGACAGGUCCUGGAUGAAGCCCUCCUCAGACGCCUCCACCUGACCCCCUACCAGGCUGCCCAGCUGCCCUUGCACCUUCACCUACAUCGGCUCCUCCUCCCAGGCACCAGGGACAGGGACACCCCCAUCGAGCUCCUGGCACCACUGCCCCCUUAUUUCUCCAGGACCCUACAGUGCCUGGGGCUCCGCUUACAAUAGUCCUCCCUCUGUUCCUGACCCCCUCACACACACUGGAAAGUGAGGGUGGGGGCUCUGCAGUCAGACAAACCUAAGAUCACAUCCUGGACAGGCCACUUGCUUGCUGUGUGGCACUGGGCAAGUAACUUCACCUCUCUGGACUUGUGAUAAUAAAAGUUCCUACCUCA